CUGAUGCAGGAGAAGUAUGCAUGUGCCUUCGCCUUCUUGUCCUUUAAAACCAAAAUAUAUAAUUCUUCCAAACAAUAACAAGUCUAUUCAAACACUGUGAAAACCAUGGUGGUUUCGGCGGAAUCAGAGACCGCUACGAAACCUCACGUUGCGGUGGUGGCAAGCCCAGGGAUGGGCCACAUCGUUCCUCUGUUCGAGCUCGCUAAACGCCUCGUCACCCACCACGGUCUCCGUGUAAGCUUUCUUAACAUCACCACCGAAGCUUCCACCGCUCAGACACAGCUCCUUCAUUCUCCGGACCUUCCUUCCGGUCUCGACGUCGUCGACCUCCCUCCGGUCGAUUUAUCCACAAUCGUAAGCGAAGAUGCGCUGGUCUUGACCCGUCUAUGCAUCAACGUCGAUGAAAGUUUCCGGUGCCUGAAGUCUGUCCUCCUCAAGCUAGGCAAGCCUAAUGCCGUCGUCAUUGAUCUGUUUUGCACCCAAGCUUUGGAAGUUUGCGAAGAACUUUCAAUCCCAUUGUACUCCUUCUGCACAACCUCUUCGGCUUUUCUUGCUUUCUCGCUCUAUCUUCCUACUAUGGACCGUGAGAUAGAAGGUGAGUAUGUGGAUCUUCCCGAAGCGGUUCAGUUACCCGGUUGCUCUCGUGUACGGAUCGAGGACCUUCUCGACCAAGUUCGGGAUCGCAAAAACGAUGACUAUAAAUGGUUUUUGUACCACGUUAGCAGGUUGCCAAAAGCGGCUGGAAUUUUAAUCAACACGUGGGAGGAUCUCGAACCUGUAGCCCUUCGAGCCAUCAGGGAAAACCCCACGUAUCAAGAAAUACCUAUACCCCAGAUUUACCCAGUUGGACCGUUGAUCAAAGAUACCGAGCCGUUGACCGCAUCGGUAGUUGACUGUCUAGCGUGGCUCGACAAGCAACCAACCGACUCGGUCAUUUUCAUCGCACUCGGUAGCGGCGGGACCUUGUCCACUCAACAACUCACCGAGUUUGCAUGGGGGUUAGAACGGAGCAGGCAGCGGUUCCUUUGGGUUGUGCGUUUGCCAUCUGAUAUUGCUUGUGAUUCGGCGUCGUUUUUUGGUGCCGGUUACGAAGCAAAUGGCUGGAAGGAAUAUUUACCAGAGGGGUUCUUGGAGAGGACCAAAGAAGUGGGACUCGUAGUAUCAUCUUGGGCCCCACAGGUGGCGGUGCUAAGCCACCCAUCGACCGGCGCGUUUGUAUCGCACUGCGGAUGGAACUCAUCGUUAGAAAGCAUCAUGUGCGGAGUCCCGAUGAUCGGUUGGCCGCUUUACUCGGAGCAGCGAAUGAAUGCCACGAUGCUGAUGGAGGAUGUGGGAGUGCUUACGAAGCCGGUGGUGGAACCUGGACAGGAAACGAUCGGACGGCUAGAGAUUGAGAGGUUGAUGAGGACGGCCAUCGAAGGAGAGAAAGGAAAAGCGAGUAGACGGAAGGCUAAAGAAUUAAAAGAAAGCGCGAGGAAAGCCUUGAGUACUGGUGGUACUUCUUACGAAUCACUUUCUUGUCUGACCAAACAAUGGGAAGCUUAUUAGCAGUGGUAUUUGAUAAUAAUAAGGGGGAUAUGUGUCCCCGUUCCGUUGAUUUUCCAUUAUGGUUUCAACGUACGUCUCUACCUUCUUUGUCGUCCGGAUAUAAAUGUCAUAGGUAUAUAUAUAUAUAUAUAUUAUGUACGUGUGUGAGUUCUACUUUAAUUUGCUUUAAGCUCUGCUUUAAUUUAGAGUCAAAAGUGAGAUUUUGAUAUCCUUUCAUCUCUCGCUGUAUAACAUAUCUUAGUUCAAUCACGCCAGUCUUUUUGCA